UCAACUUUCUAAGCAAAGUUUUAAAGUUGUUAAUUGAAUAUGAUACGAAUAUAGUACGAGAAGUAUAGGGAAAUCCCCUACAUGCUCACGAAGUAUCUUCAGAGCUGUCAUUUUUUACAUUUUAUUGAGUUGCCACAAGGAAAGUUAUUUUCUAUAGCCCAGUACUACUACUACGUUUGUCUAUCAUGCCAGAAGCUAAAAUAAGAGUCCAAUCCUGCCAAAAUGGCAGGAUCCUGCCACAUAUGGUCACACUGAAUCUGUGGUUCAAAAUGUUCAAAUCAGAACUUAGAAGAAGAAAAGAGUAAAACUAGGAGUGAGGGAAAAAUGGAGUUGACGGAAAAACGUAAAGCUCUUGAUUAUGUGGAAGAACUAUAAAUGAGAUAUGAAAAUAUGUACUCAUCAAAAUAAUUGCAAGUCUGCAAAAACAUUAGAAUGCUUGUUAUUAAGAAAGAAAAAUAUUUUAAUAUUGAAUUGGCGCUAAAUACGGCAGUCUUGACAAAUUUACAUAAUGUUUAAAAAUUUUCAACCCGUGCCUUCACAGUUUAUUACUUACUCAUAAAAUUUAUGUUCGUCUUAUCUUUGAGUUUAUGUUACAUAGUUUUAAAGUAAAUUACUAAAAUAACUUUUAGAAUCUGAAAGAUCACUCUGAAACCAAACAUGUUCGCGCUGAAUUUAAAGAAAAUAAAAAACGUUGCAAUUCCUCUUUAUCGACGUGAACAAACACGCUCAAAGUCAUUAUUUAACAGGGGCUUACAUUUUUUGUUCAAAAAAAACCUACUUCUCACUAACAGUAUUACCUCUGGUGGUUUUAUGGCAAUAGGAGACUUGUUUCAACAAGAAUUUGAAUUUCAAUCAAAACUAUUAAAAGAAAGAUAUGAUUGGGCAAGAGCCGUUCGGAUGUUCAUUGUGGGUACAGUAUUAGGACCCAUGCAUCAUUAUUACUACAUCUAUUUAGACAAAGUUUUACCGAAGAAUGAUGUAAAGACAAUAUUUAAAAAAAUACUCUACGAUGAAACUAUAGUGUCACCAUUGACAAUUGUUUGUUUUUUCUACAUAAUGGGGACAUUAGAAAAGAAGUCACUGGAGAAAUGCAAUGAAGAAAUAACAAAGAAAUUUAAAUAUGUGUAUUUGGCUGACUGCCUCUUCUGGCCUCCAGUUCAAUAUAUUAACUUUUAUUACUUACCAACACAAUACCGAGUUGUGUAUGUAAAUCUUGCAACAAUGGUAUUUAAUGUAUUUAUGUCAUACAUGAAACAUUAUGAUCAACAUUUGGAAUGAGAAAAACUUUCUUAGUAUUAUGGUAAACGGGUAAUUAUGUGAUUUUUCAUUGUAAUAUUUAUAUGUUGUUUCAUUUUUAAUUAUAAUAGAGAGUAAUCUAUAUUUGUAGUUUUUAAUAGAAACAAAAACUGAAUAUUAAUCCUUAAAAGGACUGAUGUAAGAUAUGAAGCUUCUGUAAAUAGCUAUCACAGCAUAAGGUACAUCUAUUUAAUUGAAAAUUAUGCAAAUUUGAUUUGCAAUCAAUUAUUAGCUCAGCAGGAAUAUGUAGUCACAUUGGUGCAGCCAUCUGACUUUAUGAAUUAUAUUUUGUUGUUUGUAUUGAUUUUGUGCUUCACAAAAAUGUAUUUAUGCAAUUUAUUGCAAGUGGUUAAAAAUUUUUCUACACUAACAUGUACAAUUUCCUAGUGUCAUUGUGAAAAGUGUUAGUAUAUCGCACAUAUGGUGCUAUAAAGUCACUUAAGCAAUUUUUGUUAACACUGAAUUGAGUAUGAGAAAAUACAUUUUUUUAAUUAUUAGUGAGAUGAGAGAGGUCUGCUUUUACUGAUGAAGUUUGUAGUUCAUUUUAUUUCUAUAGCCUAACAGAACUAUAUAAAAAUUAUAUAAUAAGAUGUUGAAUUUUCCAACGUUUCAUGCACCGUAUGUUGUGCGAUAUAUUAAUAUAUAAAUUAUUGGUUCUAAAUGAAACCAAAUAAUUUUAUGUUAUAAUUUUUAUUGGUUGUUAAUAAAAAUCAACACUAUUUACCUUACCACUAGCUUCGUAAUGUGCACAUGCUACAUAAUAUAGAAUGAAAAUAAAGGUAAAGUUUGUGUAUCGAUUUCAUAUUUAUAUUAUAAAUUUAUAAUAAAUCUUAUUUAUGAACUUUCUAGGUA